ACGCCGACACCUUUACCCCUGCUGUUUCUCUCUUUCUACGAGCACGCACACACGGCCGUAUCAGCAUACAGCUGAUGCAAUACCACGACGGAAGGAAGCUCCCGCCCGGGUGGGUGAGGUGCGUCUCUUCCAAGUUCGGGAGGGACUACUUCUUCGACACGCAGACCGGCGAGUCGACCUGGUUCGCUCCUACUGCCCCGCCACCGCCGCCUCCCUCUCGCCAAGAGGGCGAGGAGGAGGACCUAGAAUCCUUCUCGCCUCCCCCGGCAAAACGAUCACGGCAAGAAGGGCCGUCGUCCCUGCCGCCUCAAGACGGAGGCAAGACGAAAGUGGCCGUGGUAGUUCCAUACAGGGACUUGGAUCCCGCGCAACGGCGCUCGGCUCACCUGGAGCAGUUCGUGCCCUACAUGGAGGACUUCCUGGAGAGGGCGGUGGGAGGGGCGGGGGGGGAGUUUCGCGUGUACGUGGUGGAGCAGUCGACCGACGACGGCCUCAAGUUCAACCGCGGCAAGCUUCUCAACAUCGGGUUCGACCUGGCCCGAAAGGAAGGGGCUCAAGUGUUCCUGCUCCACGACGUUGACCUCCUGCCCUCGAACGAGCUCGCGCGGUGGUACGCUACGGUACCGGAGAGACCGGUCCACGUGGCGAGGGUCUGGAAGCAGUACAGCAACAACCCGAAGUAUUUCGGGGGGGUAGUGGCCUUCAAUCGGAAGGACUUCGAGGCGAUCAACGGCUUUCCCAACACCUUUUGGGGUUGGGGGGGCGAAGACGAUGAGAUGUACAGUCGCAUCGUAGAGGCGAGACUAGAGCCGCAAAAGGCAGAGGUUGGGGAAUUCAAAGACUUGGAAGGCUUAGAUCUGCCGACCAAGCUAAACCUGCUGCGUCAGAACGAGCAGUGGAAGUGCCAGGUCAAGAAGGAAGCGCUGGAGGAGCAUUCGAACACUUGGAGACAGAACGGGCUCGCCGACCUCAAGUACAAGGUGCUGGGGAGAACCAGCUUGGGGAAAGGGACUGAAAAGAUAACGGUGGAGGUCGGGCUGAACGGGCAUUGGACUGACACCAUAACCCGAUGGCAAGACCUGCCCAAGAAGGGGACUUAG